AUGGACUUCAUUAUCUGGGCCGUGUCUAGCCUCUUCCGCUGGAUGCGAUUGAAGGUCUACCAGUAUGAGGUGACCUUCUCCCUCUACAUGCUGACUCCGAUCGAGAAGUUCAUCUUCAACACACUACUCCUUGGCCUCAUCGGUAUGAUCGCAAUGGGCACUUACAUUUACCUGCCCGACCACCUCCGCGCCAUCUACGGCCGCCUCUACUACUACUGGGCCGGCGAGCGGUUGUUCAGUUCCGGUCGGUUGUCAAUCAGCUCAGUCUUUGGCGAAAAUGGCAUGGCCACUCAAAUUGGGGACAUGAUGUACGAGACGGCAAAGAACGCCGCGGCCACCUCGACCGAGCGCAUGGCUGAACUGUGA